AUGAUUGUGUGGGCAUUACUCAUUUCUUUGUUCAACGUUUAUUCCAUAUUCUGCUAUCGAUAUCUACCUGAAAAAUUGUCACAAACGUACUCCUAUAAUGAUAACAAUAUUCAUAAUGAAAAAAUAAUUAACAUCACAAAUGUACCACACCACGCGCUGAUUGUACACGGUGAUCUUUACUGUUCUGGUAACUUGAUACACAGCAAGAUUGUGCUUUCCGCUGCGAGUUGUUUUAGGCAACGAAAUCAAAACCCUUGCAUUGUAAAAGUUGGAUCGAGUUCCAUGAUUGGUCGAGGUCAAGUUAUAAAUGUUGUUGAGAUAAAAAAUCAUGAGUACUUCGGAUAUAGUAGCAGAAUGGACAAUGAUAUCGCUAUGUUGGUUUUGCAAAAGCAUGUGGAAUUUGGGCCUAAUGUUAAAAAGACAAUUCUCGUACAACCAGAUGUAGCGUUACGAGACGGCGUUCCAGUUAAAGUCUCGGGAUGGGGUAGUGUGAAUGUACCACCUAAUCAAAUUAACAAACAUCUGCAGUCUGAUAUGAUUAUAUUGAAUAAGGAGGAAUGUAUCAAAUACUAUGGCAAUCUGAUGACACCGUCUAACUUUUGCGCUAAAUAUCCAUUGGAGCGCCGUCUCAGCGACAAUGGUGGUUCGGCCGUUUACAGAAACUUUCUUGUGGGCAUACUAUCUUUCGGAGCCACAAACAAAGAGGAGCCAUUUGUAGCUGUUUUUACGAAUGUCUCUUAUUUCUACAGGUGGAUUAUGAUCAACAGUCACCAAUUAUUGAAGAAAUAUUGCGUCAAAGACGUUAACUACAGAAGUAUGUCAUUAGAGUACGUAGAUAAUAUUAAUAAGAAAUAA